AUGGCGGAAGAAGACACAGACGCCGCGGCGUUCGUGAGCGCCUUGUACCGCAAGGUACUGCUCUCGGUCAAGGCGUCGAACGCAGUCGUCUCUGAAGACGACGGCUUCCACUACCACGCGCAGUUCAGUCCCGAGUUUGCGCUGCGGUCGAAGCGCUCCAGUGCCAAAGCCGCAGCGCUCGUGCAGCUGCUCACAAAGCGUCGACGUCCUGCCAAGAGCCAAGAGCGCGACCAUAAGCACGACGACGACGACGAUGAGGACGAUCCACAGGAGCUGUUUGACGGGCCGGAACCGAACACGCGCGUGACGGACUAUGCCGAUAUGUUGCUGGACGAGGCGUCGAUGCACUUGGCCCGUUUCAUGCGUGGCGAAGGUCCGGACACGUCCGUGACGUCGAAGCCGAGCGGGACACAGUCUGUGGCGAGCAAGCGACAGGUCGUCGAGCAGGGACAAGAAGCGCGGGACAAGCGGUCGACGGCACGGACGCAGCAGAGCAAGCCCCAAGAGCAGUUUGACGAGACGAUUGACAACUCGGACGUGCCGUUUGUGUCGAAAUUGCGUGAAAAGGUUCACGCGCAGCACGACGGACAUAUAGCUGGUAGUGCACUGGAAGGUGGCGAUGACGACGGAGAAGAAGACGAUGACGACGAAGUGGCGCGACGCCAUCCGUAUUGUCGAGAGAUCAGAGGGCUGAAGUAUGCUCCGUGGCAAUUGGAGGCACCUGACGAGCCGUGUGAGCGGGUCGGACUGGACGAGGCCACGUACAUGUGGGUCGACUCGACGGAAAAGCUCGUGCUGAUGAUGCAGACAUUGACAGCUGCCGAAGCUCGUGUGAUUGCAGUGGAUCUGGAACAUCACAGCUACCGAUCGUACAUGGGACUCACGUGUCUGAUGCAAAUCUCGACGGUAAAUGCAGAUUUUCUGGUCGACACGUUAGCGCUGCGAGGCAAGCUGCAGACACUGAAUCAGGUGUUCUGUGACCCUGAGAAGGUCAAGGUGUUGCAUGGCAGUGACAUGGACAUUCUGUGGCUGCAGCGCGAUUUGGGUCUGUAUAUCGUCAAUCUCUUUGACACGGGCCGCGCGGCACGUCUGCUGCAGUAUCCGCGUUUCUCCUUGGCAUACAUGCUGAAGCGUCACUGCAACGUUGAUGCUGACAAGCAGUAUCAGCUUGCAGACUGGCGUACUCGUCCGUUAGGCAAGCAAAUGGUCAAGUACGCGCGCGAAGAUACCCGCUACUUGUUGUUCAUUUACGACCGUCUCAAGAAAGAACUGCUGCAAGCUGGAGCAAAGUCCCGUGAGAGUCUGCUUCAUCAGACACUACAGAACUCCAGCAAGCUUUGUUUGCAGGUGUAUGAGAAGCCGCAGGCCACAGAAGCGGAUGCUCUUGCUCUUGGCGAAAAGCUCAAGGACGCUGUAAGCAUCCGCAUUCUAUCCGAGCUCCAGAGACGUGUGCUCGUGGCACUUUAUAUGUGGCGCGACCGCAUCGCUCGACAAGAAGACGAAUCGGUGGCGUAUGUGAUGCCGCACCACGUUCUCAUGAAACUUGUCAAGCGUUUGCCUGUACGAUCCGAUGCGUUGUUUCGCACUUGCCACCCAGUGCCGAUGCUGGUCCGUAAGCACGUACUGCAGGUCACCGAGGUGAUUCUUGCUGAAAAGCAAAAGCUUGCUGAGGAAGAGACGAAAGUACCGCAAAAGCCCACGCCUGUAGUCGUUGCCAAGCCAUCAAGAAAGGUGUGGAACGAGGCCGGAGAAGAACAGAUAGUGUCGACGUCGACGUCGAAGCGCGUGGGGCGCGCCGAGCAUGCUCCUUGGAAGAAUGGCCAGCGUAAGGCUAGUGUCACGACGGCGCUGAUUGAAUUGUCACCGUCCAGCGAUGUUCAUCCCAUGGCUCUUGGAGCCAGCGGUUCCGAGACUACUGAUGAACCAGAGACAGCAAGUACGCUGCUGGAAACAGUGAAUGCUAUGGUCGCCAGUACGUCGUUCACAAUUGCAGAAUGCGAGUCGGUCCAGACACCAGUCACGCAGCGCAUACUGCUGACGAACAUUGCUAGCACAAGCAACAGCAAGGCCGAAACAGCGGCGCCAAAGAUCCCGCAGUCCAUUGCCGAGACAUACCACAUGUCGGGUCACUCGAAGCGGCGAAAGAUAACGUCCGUGGACACAUCUUCGGCACUUCAAGUCCAGGAUCGUGCCGAAGCUUUUAUGCAAAAGGUUGACGGCGACGGCAGUGAGAAGCACGACACGGAAGACACGAGCAGUUUCCAGGACUUUGACUAUGCGGCUGCCAGCGACCAGAUCACAGCUGCCAAGUUUCCAUCGAACAAGGACGAGGAGGAAGGACGCAACGGACGCAAUGGAGGUCGCGGUCGAGGGCGCGGUCGUGGUCGAGGGCGAGGGCGCGGCUACGACAGCAAAACGCCGACUGGCUACAACCCGUUCGUGGCCAUGAGUAGCGCGGGCGCCAACCAGUCGUCAAAGAACGGGAAGAACGGACCCAAAGCGGCACAAGUCAAGAAGAUGCACCACGUGCCGAGGAGUGCGACGUUCCGAUAA